AUGAAGCUGGCCUACCAGACGGCCAAACGACAGCGUCUCUUCGUCUACAACGGAGCCGAGGGUGCGUCGGAGUCGAGUCCGAAGCGGGAGACGGACGAAGGUGAACCGGUGUCGGACGUCGUCAGCACACGUUGGGCCUUGGAGACUGGCAUCGGCGUGACUGUCGUCGUCAGCGCCGCUCCCGGUCUGGUCGCGUCGACGGCGACUGUCGGCGGCGUCGACGUCCGGUCGGCCACGAGUCCGAGUCUGGCGGGGCCGACCGACGUGCUCGCCUCGGGCGAGGAGCAUCUCGACGCCGUGUCCGUGGCCGGCUCCGCGGUUGCCGGUGUCAACUGCGGCGGUCAGGGCAUCCCCAAGUUGACGCUGGCCAAACAGGGCAACGGACACUUCAGCGUCAUCUCCACGCCCGCCAGCCUGGCCGGGGAGCACGGCGACUCCGGUCUCGAGCUCGAGCUCGAGCUCGAGCUCGGCCAAUCGGCCGUCUCGACGGCCGGACCCCUCGGCCUGUGGAAUGUGGCUCGGGCGGUCGGGCAGUGCAGCCCGGAGCGGGUCGAGGUGGAGCGUCGUCAGCGCGAAUACGACUUCGAGGCGCACGAGGCCGAUACCGUCUCGAGCCCUCCUGAACUGGCCGUCUCUGCCGUGGCAACAAUGCCCGUCGGCCUUCCGGUCGCCCUGACGACCAAUGGUCAAUGCGUCGUGUCUGCUAGUGCAGGCACAGCCGCAUUGACGGCCAAAAAGCGGUCUGCCGAGCUGGCGACAUUCACACUGGCUCCGAUGCCGAUGACGAUGCAGAUGGCAACGGCGACGUCGAUGCCAACAUCAACAUCAACAUCAACAUCAACAUCAACAUCAACGUUGAUGUCGACGCCGACUCAGACUCCAACUGCAACUGCGGCUGUGUGCGCUGCGGUGACGAGCGUCGGAGACGCCGUGAGGGCGACGGCCGGCUCGCUCGAGCCGGUGGCUGGGCUGGCCGGCGUCGAACUGCUUCAAGCCGGCCCAACUACGACGCGAUACGCCGUCUCGUUGUCCACGGCCGGGCAGACGAGUUCAGCCCAUCUGGCCUGCUCGGCGUCCGGCCAACUGGGACCCACGGGCCGGAAGCGGGCUCGCAAAACGCCAGCUCUUGGAGGACUCGACGAAUUCACCAAGUAG